AUGGACUGCCCAGCAGAGCGGCCGGCGGAAUGGAAGCCGGAUGCUGCCAGCAUCGAAAUUAUGAUGACCGCCUCCUCCUCCGUUAAGUGCGCCGCCGCCGUGGGACCUUACGCAACGCUGCGCUCGCUGCUGAGUGGCAUCCGCACCGCACAGCAGGCGGCGCAAAUGAUGACCAUCAAAGUUAUGAUCAAUGACGGUCAGGCCGUGUUGCUAAUGUUGCCAAAUAUUUGCCAAUUUUAUCGGUUAGUGCUUACCGAGGUAUGUCGACGGUGGAAUGGCGUGGCUUUUGACCACAGCUAUUUGGGCCGUAUCAGACUCAAGUAUAAAAUCAACAAAUCCACCGUGACAAAUCCACCGGCAAUCUCACGUUGCUACCGAAACAUUCACGUACAUUGUCAGCCUAGUUUCCCUGUGAGUGAAAUGUAUAUCGAAAAACUGCUGACGUCGUUGGAGAAGCCAAGCUCGUCGCUGGAAGAGUUUGCCUGUUACGAUGCUUCAACAAACUUUCUAACGUUAAGGUUGCUUGCGGCAUGUCCGCUUGUUAGGAAACUCAAACUCGACUCUAGUCGGCCCGUGCCGGACGAUCUGUUACCGGUCCUAGAGAAUUUGAAGGAACUAGCAAUCGUAUGCACGUCAAAGAUUAACGUCAUUCGUCUAGCUCCGAAACUGCGCAGGCUUCAAGCCAGGAGCGACCUUCAUAAUCUUCCGCGGGUAAUUCGAACAUUACCACUGGAGCAUUUGAAAGUAGAUUUUUUAAACGAACACAUUGAUCUAUUUAGCGAAUGUACAAAAGCAACUAAGCUUAAAGCUGUUGAUCUGAUUUUCGGUUGUGUUUUUCGAAAGGGCUUGGAAAAACUAUGCAAGUUCUGCCCGCAGUUGGUCAAAUUGCGUCUCCGGCCGCACACUACAACAAUACGAUCAUUGGCUAGCCUACCGCAUCUUAAGGUUCUUUCUUUGCCCUAUAUUAAGGAAUCAUUCAUGGAGAACGAUGUUUUACCCAACGUUGAGAUUCUCGAAAUCGACAAACUAGAGGAGUCGCAUUUCCGCAGCUCUAUGCAAAGCAUCUUCCCCAAUGUGCACUAUUUAAAAUUUGGCUGCUCCAUUAGUGUACCGGGAACGAGAAGCGUCCGCGUCGGUUUCCCGCAGCUGAGCACUCUGGAGAUUCUGCAUUGCAACACGGAAGCUCUACCUGGGCUGCUGGCUGGACUCGCCAAUCUUCGUACGCUUAUUCUGCAUGAAAAGCGACUAUCGGCAAGACGCUUACCGGCCAUCGCCGGCCUCCGGCAGUUGACGUUGGAAAACUGCCAACUGAAAGUGACCAAAGAAAUGGCGGCAAACUUUCCGAAUUUACAGUUUUUAAAUUUAUACGGCAAAUCGCGGCUCACCAGCGCCGCCAAAUGGUUGCCACCAGGCUGUACGGUUAGGCGGUACCGCGAGAGUUUUCAACAACCGACAGCAUCCCCACAGGUGUCGCCCGGCGGUGGUGGAAGCUGCAAGUUCCCGGGCGCUCCGGCCCACAGUACGGUGCAGUUUACGGACGACUCGCUGCCGAACGGGGCGGUCGCGUCCUACUCCUGCGAGCGGGGCUUCGAGCUGCUCGGUCCAGCUCGCCGGGUCUGCGACAACGGCCAGUGGGUCCCCGAGGGGAUUCCAUUUUGCGUACUGAACGUUGCCGCCGGCAAGGCUCCCAUGCAAAUCUCCACGGACGCCGCCGGAAUCCCGCAGAAGGCCAUCGACGGGUCAACGUCGGCGUUCUUUUCGCCGGAGACCUGCUCGCUCACGAAGCCGGAACGCGUUCCCUGGUGGUACGUGAAUCUGCUGGAACCGUACAUGGUUCAGCUGGUGCGACUGGACUUUGGAAAAUCCUGCUGUGGAAAUGGCAAACCGGCCACCAUUGUGGUUCGCGUCGGUAACAAUCGGCCGGACUUGGGCACGAAUCCGAUCUGCAACCGGUUCACCGGUUCGCUGGAGGAAGGUCAACCGCUGUUCCUGCCGUGCAACCCGCCGAUGCCGGGUGCCUUCGUGUCGGUCCAUCUGGAAACCGCCGGCCCGAGCCAGCUGUCGAUCUGCGAAGCGUUCGUCUACACCGAUCAGGCGCUGCCGAUCGAACGGUGUCCAGCGUUCCGCGACAUGCCUCCGGGCGCGUCGGCAUCCUACAAUGGGAAGUGCUACAUUUUCUACAACCGACAGCCGGCAUCGCUGCGCGAUGCGCUGGCUUUCUGCCGCUCGCGCGGAGGAACUCUGAUCAAUGAAAGUAACCCUGCGCUGCAGGGUUUCAUCAGUUGGGAACUGUGGCGCAGGCACCGAAGUGAUACGUCGUCCCAGUACUGGAUGGGAGCGGUGCGGGAUACGCAGGAUCGGAACAGCUGGAAGUGGAUUGGCGGCGAGGAGGUGUCGGUUUCGUUCUGGAAUUUGCCGGGCGGCGACGAGGAUUGUGCCCGGUACGAUGGGUCCAAGGGUUGGCUGUGGAGUGAUACCAACUGCAAUACUCAGCUGAAUUUCAUCUGUCAGCAUCAGCCGAAGGCCUGCGGACGACCGGAGCAACCGCCCAAUUCGACGAUGGUCGCCCCGAAGGGCUUCGAUGUCGGUGCCGUCGUUGAGUACAGCUGCGACGAGGGCCACCUCCUGGUGGGACCUUCCCAGAGAACCUGUCUGGAGACGGGUUUCUACAACGAAUUUCCUCCAGUGUGUAAAUAUAUUGAAUGUGGACUGCCAGCUUCUAUUCCGCACGGGUAUUACGACCUGAUCAACGGAUCCGUAGGUUACCUUAGCUCGGUUCAUUACAAGUGUAGCGAAGGCUAUGAAAUGGUUGGUCGAGCGUUGCUCACCUGCGACAUUGACGAACGCUGGAACGGUCCUCCACCACGCUGUGAACUGAUCGAGUGUGAGCCGCUUCCGACACUGUUCUCGAAUGGAGUGAUUAUAGCUCCGAAUGGAACCGUUUUUGGAUCCCGUGCUGAAGUCGUGUGUAACCGUGGAUUCAUACCGGAUACUCCGGAAGCGGAGAUCUUCUGUACGGCAACCGGACAGUGGAGCAGCUUGCUGCCAAAGUGUGUUGAGGACUUGUCCAGUAGGUUACCUCCGACGACGACACCUCUGGUAACCUCGACUAGACCCCAGCCAUCGAUUGUGGUCGCGUCGACAACUCCAAUUCCGGCUACGCUGUUCACUCAGAAGCGCCAACCAUCGCGAAGGCCGACCCGACCGACGACUCGCUUCACGACAAGUACCUCGACGACCCAGACCCCACUGUUCAGCAUUGAAAUAGACGACGAAGUCCGUCCGGGCGGAGUGCGAGAAGACAUACCAUCGCGGAAACCGUACCGUCCGGGUCAGAACACGAUACCAAAGAUCCCAGGCGGUCAGCACAUCCCGCCGAUACGAGUGAAACCAUCGUACUACGAACCACCCACCACAACUACCACAACCACAACUACUACUACAACACAAACACCACUACAGACACGACCAUCCACGACCAGUACACGGCAGCACACUACCACGCCACGUAACCUGGCGGACAUCAUCGGGUCUCAUCACCCGCAAGACAACGAAAUCGCCGGAUCAUCGGUCAACAUUCGGCAAGAUCAGUCUCCGAAGGUGAACGUACCGUUCGCCGUAGAUAACUCGGACGGCGAGAGCACCGGAGGCACGUACGGCGGCAUCGGAGGCAAUCCCAACCUUGGCGCUGGUUCCGGCGAUCGGAAAGAAGCCAAGAAUGCCCGCCUCAACCUGGGAGCCAUCGUCGCCCUUGGAGCGUUCGGUGGUUUCGUAUUCCUAGCUGCUGUCAUUACCACGAUCGUGAUCGUAGUGCGAAGAAACCAGCAGGGCAACCAGCACUACCGGCACCGGGCCUCGCCCGACUGCAACACCGUUGCGUCGUUUUCCAGCUCCAGUUCCGAGUCGCGUAACGGUCUCAACCGCUACUACCGGCAGGCCUGGGAGAAUCUGCACGAAUCGGCCUCGAAGGGGCACAACAACAACACCAACAGCACCCAUCCGACCUCCGGCGGCGGUGGUUCGGCGGCCCUGAAGCGGAAAGAAACGAUGGACGCUCCCCCACCGAGCCGUUCCCGAUCGAGGGAAAAUCUCGGUGGCAGCCGAUCGCGGGACCUCGACAGAUUUUUCAUCAACAGAUCACGAGAGAACCUGUCGACGAAUCGCAGCCGGGACUACCCGCGGGACAGCAUGGCCGUCCGGGAUGGCUCCGAGAUGGUCGUGUCGGACGUGUGCGUCAAGGGCGAGAAGAAACGGCACCACCACCAUCACCACAAGAGCAACCACCGGGGAGACGACGGCGGACGCCGGACCGGAGCCGGCAUCGACGAGCGACCGGGCGACCGGGGCCGGCCCAGCCACCGGGACAGCAGUAGUGACUUUCGGGAGCCUAACAUCAUGGGUAGCGGAAACGGAAAUGGACGCGGCCGGAGCGACCACCGACACUAUUGA